AUGAGAAUAGAUAAAAUCCAAACGUCCGGAACAUUCAAAACACCUUUAGAGGACAUUUCCAUCCAGCAGAGAAUCUGCCCGAAACUACAGCUACAUCCUGCUUCUCGCCAAACAAUCAAGUAUGGCACUGUGAGAACUCAGGAAGAAACCAAUAACGUCCUCGAUCAUAAUGCCCUACAAAUAUAUACAGAUGGCAGCAAACAGGAAACUGGGGAGUGCGGUGCCGCAUUUGUCAUACUUCAACGCGAUGGACGAUGGGAGACACGAAAGUUCAAGCUACAUCAUUUAUGUAAAGUGUUUCAAGCGGAAGUUUUCGCAAUAGACUGCGCCUUAGCAUGGGCCCAAACAAAUCCUGACGAAUCAAGGCUACAAUUAUUUUGCGACAGUCAAUCUUGCCUUGAAGCAAUAAAGGACCGUAGCAAUACCAUGCCCCUCAUAGUAUCUAUCCACGAACGUCUUUUUCAACUUAGACUAACACACUCCAUACAUUUUUACUGGAUUAAAGCCCACGUUGGAAUAGAAGGCAAUGAAUUGGCUGACAGCUACGCCAUAAAAGCGGCAGCUCCUUUAGAUGAUAUGGCAUUCACUCAAUGCGCUAUUUGUUCCGUUAAUAGUCAAAUACGUUCAGAGACGGCAGCAUACUGGCAACAAGAAUAUCUAAAUGCUCCAAAUGGAUCAACAACUAAGACUUUCUUCCAAUCUCCGGAGGAUGCUAAAGUUUAUACGCAACGUUUCGGUGUUUCUUUUGUAAUGACGCAAUUUCUUACUGGUCAUGGAUUUCACAAAACGUACCUAAAGCGCUUCAACAUAGUGGACAACGAUUCUGGUGUAGACUUGUGUCAGAUUCUAUAA